UUUUCACAUUUUUUUUUUUUUUGAUACAAUCUUUGUUUCCAUUUUCACAUUUGCUUACCCUUAUUUUUUGCACUGCAGACAGAACCCUCUCUCCUCUCUCUCUCUCUCUCUUACCCCAAUUCUCACGGUUUUGCAAUUUCCUUCUUCCUCAAUUGAAUUAACUUUGCCUGAAAAAUCCACAAUAUCAGAACCCAAAUCAAGCACCUAAUCCAUCAUUCGACCCUUUCUGCUUCUCUAAACCAAACCUAUUACAAAUCUAUUUAUUUAUCUUUCUCCAAAAAUAGAAGGGGCUGAAAAGGAUUCUUCACCAUAAUCAUCUUAUUUUGCACUGCCAACCUAAUCCAAUUUUCAUACUUUGGUUUUUUAUGUCAUAUCUGGCAUAAACCCAGUACGAGGCUGCUCUAAAAUUUUCAUCUUUUUAAGUGUUGUAGCCAUGCCUGAUGUGUUAGAUAUAAGUUCUGACGAAGAAGAGGGUUUGAAAGAGGAAACCAGAAGUUCUGAUUUAGAUUGGAUACAAGAGUUGUUAUUCAAUUCUGAUGAUGAAUCAGACGCUGAUUCUGAUGUUGUUAUCAUUCAUGAGAAUAAACCACCAGAGUUGAAGUCAAAGUCUUCAAAAGAUGCUGUUGAUGAUGAUGAUGAUGAUGAUGAUGGUGUUGAUGACGAUGAUGAUGAUGACUGUGUGGUUUUGGAGGGUGACCCUGAAAAUGGCGUUACUUCUGUUGAUGAGGAGGAUUCAACUGGGUCAGACGAGUUGGUUGUAGUUGGAGAGAAGGGUCAGGUUGCAUGUAGAGACUAUCCUCAUGCCCGACAUCUUUGUGCUAAAUUUCCUUUCUCUUCCACUCCUCAUGAGAUACACUGUGGCCAGUGCCACUGUUUUGUCUGUGAUUCCCUCGCACCAUGUAUAAAGUGGGGCACUGGCAUUUCGAGUUCAGAUCACUGUCAUGCACAUGAUAAAACUGAGGUGUGGAAACUUCAGAGGAAAGAUUUCAAGCGUACCCUGAGUUCCCCGUUACCAGCUCCAACUAAUUAUGCUACUUCACUCGGUGUGGUACGUUCUCAAAGUAACGAAAAUCUUCCUUGUGAUAUUACUCACUUGUCUCCGAUUUCUGUGUUACGGAAUCAAGCAGCCAGAUCAACUGCAAUGCACACUCCCUCACUCAACUGUAUACCUCAAAAUCAGGUCUCUCGGCCAAAAGCAACAUAUGCCCACUUCUCACUGAGUUCUGGUAUGCAGAAUCAUAUCUCUCGACCAAUUAAUGUCCCUGUAUCCAAAGCCAACAACCCAACAAUCCCAAAUGAUGCAAACCAUGGUAGAUAUCUUGAAUCAAGAUCUAAUUUGGCGAGAGACAGAAACCUGUCUCACUAUGCACCAAAGCAAAUGCUGGGUGUACGUAAUCAUGCCAUCCAAAGGGAGCGGGGAAGGGAUGCAAGCAGUUUAGGACCACGAUUCCUCCGUUCUCCUAUGUUGUCCAAGGAGCUUGCAGGCUGUACGGGGUACAUAUUGGGAGCGAAUCAUCCAUUUCGUAAUUCACCUACCUUCAAGAAUCAUGUUAAUUCAGUACAAAUUCAUUCCGCUACAGGAUUCUCAAAUCCCUUAAAUGUAUCAAUUUUAUCACAUUCAAGCUCAGCACCGGUCAGUCCUAGUUGUGCCAACCCGCAUACCUUGACUCGCGAAACCCAAUAUGGCCAAGCAUUGUCCCAAUCAAACCAUAGCCAGAAUUUCCAUCAAACUUGUAUGCAAGGUAACAACAAUGCUCCUUAUGUGGCGUGCCUGAAUAGCAAUCAGCAUGGAAAUGAGCUUCAAAUUAAAAGUCAAAAUAUAAAUGCUAAUGGAAAUAUUACACAAAGCGGAAUUACAAGUCAAGACACUUGCCAACCAAAGCCACAAGAAGAAAGCCAAAAUAUAACUGCAGGUAGAUUUUCUGCAUUUGACCCAAGUUGGGAAGAGAAUACUAUUCAAUUGAACACUCUAUUUGAACGCUCUCCUCUACAAAGCACAGGAUCUACAGACCAACCACCUAAUGUGGAUAAGUUACUGAAGUUUAUUGAAAGCGUUGAACCAGAAAGUGAAAGUUCUCAUAUACCUAGUACAAUUGUUGAUUUUGAAAACUGGCUUUCGGGAAAAGAAACUGGUCCAAUGGAAACAGAUGGUGUUUUGCCAUUUGAACUGAACAUACCAUCUCCAGAUCCUAGUCCAUUUGAUGUUGAUACGAGUGAGCUUUCAUCUCUAUGGUGGUGAAUAAGUUAAAGGUAGCAAACAAAGUGCAGUCUUCAAUGGGAGUGUUCAUAUUUGCCUAUAGUGGAAUGAUGCCAAUACAAUGGUCACUUGUUUUUUAGUCAGUCUUUGUGACCGAGUCAUUUGUGUGGCAAGUUUCAACUUCUCAUCAACUCAUGCUAAGAGCUGAUUUGUGUUAUAUGUUGACUAAUCCUCAUAGGUAAUAAUGGUAAGUUAGAUAUAAUAGUUGCCGGUAGCAUAGCCUAAUUUAGUUUUGCUUUGCUUAGUUGGAUGUAGUAGUUUUGCUUUGCUUAGUUGGAUGUAGUGAAGUCUUUGCCUCUAGGCUAAUGGAUGUGCAGGUCACAAGGAACAGUAAAACUAACACAAACUGAAAGUGUUGUGUUCUAUCUCAUAUGUACUUUCAUUUUCAUUUAUGCAGUAAUUGAGGUUUCUAUUUAUCUAAA